CCAUAGAACCAAAGCUUUUAUUAUGUGGCCGGUUAGGUCAGCUUUGUCCAUUUGAAUUAUACAAUUACAGAAUUAUUAAAAACGAGUCAGAAUUUAAAAUUAUGGGUAAUGCUAGAUUAGAGAAGAUGAUGGAAUCUCUGCACCAGUAGAAGAUCUUUCAAUCACAUACCCUAACAGAAGUAUUCGCUUCUUUAACCUCCAGCCCCCAGCUACUUGCCACCUUACAUACCUAAUUACUCUCCUCAAGCUCUCUAAUUAUUUUUCUUCUUUUUUUUUUUUGGAAAGCCAUGUUUCCUUUACACCAAGGCAAUGAGCUGUGCUUUCAGAUUUCUUCUAAUCCUCACAAUCAAGAACAAAUCCCACAAGAUCUGAUUCUGGCUCAGUCUGCACUCUAUUGUCAUGGCACUGCUGAUAUAACGGACAAUAUGGGAAAAAGUAGGCGGCGAAAAUCGAUUUCUAUCGACAAUAAUGAUGAGAGUGCUACUGCGAUGGAUAAGAGAAUUGGUAAUAAGAAGAAAUUGAUACAUAGGGAAAUUGAACGUCAAAGAAGGCAAGAAAUGGCUACUCUUUAUUCAUCUCUUCGAUCUCUACUCCCUCUGGAAUAUAUCAAGGGUAAGCGUUCGACAUCUGAUCACAUGAACGAGGCUGUCAAUUAUAUAAAGCAUCUGCAAAAGGGAAUCAAAGAAUUGAAAGCAAAGAGAGAUCACUUCAAGCAGCAAAAUAAUUUGACAGGCAUUCCCUCGCAAAUUGUUAGUGGAAGUUCAAGCAAUUGUACCUCCCCAAGUAAAGAAGUCAUAGUAAGGCCCUGUUCGGGAGGAAUUGAGAUUGUGCUCAGCAGUGGGUUAAGGGAGCAAGACUUGACCCUAUCAAGACUUCUUCAAGUCUUGCUUGAAGCUGAAAUUUCUGUGGUUAAUUGUGUUUCCACCAAAGUAAAUGAAAGGGUAUUUCACACUAUCCAGGCUGAGGUCAAUGAUCCAACUUGCUUAAAUCUAUCCAAGUUGCAGCAGAAAUUAACCCCACUCGUUCCUCGAUAUAAUGAUUGUUGAAGGAUCAUAAAUCACCUAGCUUCUUCCACUGUAGAAUUCUAACUUUUUACUCAAACACUUAACUUGGUUUUGCUUGAUAAAUUAGAUGCUGACUUGAUGAUGGUUUUGCUUAUAAAAAUAACUUGAGAUAUUCCUUCCUCUCGUUAA